AGAGGCGCCUGCGGGCGGAGGCUUGGGUCCCACAAGUCCCCAGCACCAUCGACGAUGGCUGAAAACCUGGGAUGGGGCCACAUCGAACAAAGCCAGGCUCCAGCUGCUGCACCCUGGUGAACCCCUGACCCAAAGCUAGCCGCCCCGCUGCCAGCCAGCCUGACUGCGGCUCUCAUCCGGCAGCCAUCGUUGGGAAGAGUGGAGGACUGGCCAGGAAGAAGCUGACCAGGGCUGGCCCAGGUCCUGUGUGUGUGUGUGGGGGGGGGGGGCUUGUCCCAAAGCUGCUGCUUUGAGAGCUGGAGUGCCGCCCACAGCUCCCCUCUGCUUCUGGGUGGACACUGGGCUGCCGUCAGUCACCGUGGACACCUGACAGGUCUCCCGGGAGCCCUAAGGAGGGCGACCCUGUGGACACCACAGAGCCAUGCCUGCCAGGGCUGGGGUCACCGCCCCACGGUGACUGGCUCUGCCCAGGCUUCGGGAAGCUCCUGGGCAUAUCUCGGCUUCGUGUGCCGCACAGCCCUCCCGGGGAUGCUGGCCGCCUGUGGUCUGUGGUCCCUCCCUGUUUCCGUCGUUAAGUUCCGCAGGACGCCUCGCCCCGACUGCGGCAAGCAUCGUCAGCCGUCGGAGGCCCAGGCUGGGGGAUGAGCGGCCGGGUCCCGCUGGCCGAGAAGGCCCUGUCGGAAGGCUUCGGCCGCCUGCGCUACCGGGACACGUCCCUGCUCAUCUGGCAGCAGCAGCAGCGGCAGCUGGAGUCGGCUCCCCCGGGGACGUACCUGAGCAGGAGCCGGAGCAUGUGGUACUCGCAGUACGGGAACCAGGCCAUCCUGGUCCGAGACAAACACAAGCUGGAGGCGUCCAGGGACACGGGCCAGUCCAAGUUCUGCACAGUUAUGUGAUUCCAGCGUGGAAGCCUGCGCCAAGCACCCCGCUUCGAGCAAGAAGGGGGCCCCGAGCUCCUUCUGUUCAGCUGGGUGGUUUCCGGUCCCUACUGGAGAUGGGGACCGAGGACUGAAGGAGGAGGCAGCCCGGGAGGGCUCUCGGGGCGCCCAGACUCCAGCCGGGGGGCCGCUGGCCGUUAUCCACCCCUCC